GCAGUAAAUUUUUUUGUAAUCCAUUCAGUUUUCAGGAUCAAAAUUUCAAAAUGAAUUCAGUCCAGCCAAGGAAAGUAGUUGGACUGAAUCCAGUCGCAAGGGAAGAGUUCAUAAUCACGCUUCAGAAUACGAUUGCAAAAUUGCGGUCCAGCCACAACCGCCCUGAUAUUUUUAAUGACUUGAAUUUGUGUAAAAAGAGUAUGAAGAACUUUGAGCAUUAUGCGAUUAUAAUGAAGACGCAAGUUGGUAGCUUGAGGAAAACCAAAAAGAAGGUAGCGGCUAUAGAAGCUAAGAAAUUAAAGGCGAUCUUAAGUCUCAAUGAACUCAGAGAGGAAGCUGAAUUUAUUUUCAACGAUAAACCCUUAACCCCUAGUUUAGAUAAAAUUAUUGGAAAAUACUAAAUUUGAGUUCAUCUUUAGUUACUUUUUUAUUACGGACGUAGACUUUACGCAAAAUGGACCUUACAUGACACGCAGUUGCAAAUUUAACAAAUCUAUAAUUUCAAAUCAGUUUUUAAAGCUUUAAAAA